AGGCAGAGCCCACACAUUCACCAGCCCUUCUUCCUGCUCUACAUGGAUGUCCUGUCCUUCAACCUGACAGCAACAGCACCAAACCAAUGUGAAUCGCUGUCAUUUAAAGAGGACGCGCCGCCCAUUUUCCUGCUCUCUUGCUCUAUUUCUUUUAUUGGAUCGACCGCGACAGCUGUCAAUGUGUAGUUCAUCAUCGUGAAGUUUAGAGAAAACCGAAGGCAUGCCACUGGUUCGCAGCGUGUCUGUCACGUCCCUCUCAGGACUGGAGGAGUGGGACGAGGAAUUUGAUUUGGAGGAUGCUGUUCUUUUUGAAAUUGCCUGGGAGGUCGCUAACAAAGUUGGAGGCAUCUAUACUGUCAUCCAGACCAAAGCCCGUCUGACCUCAGAGGAAUGGGGGGAAAACUAUUUCCUGGUGGGUCCCUAUGUGGAGAGCAAUGUGCGCACUCAGGUGGAGUUGAUUGAGCCCACUAGUCCUGUGCUGAAAAGAACCAUUGACAAAAUGAACUCCAGUGGAUGUAAGAUCUACUUUGGGCGCUGGCUUAUUGAGGGGAGUCCCUACGUUAUUUUGAUCGAUGUUGGGUUCACGGCCUGGUCUCUGGACCGCUGGAAGAGUGAGCUGUGGGACCUUUGUGACAUUGGUGUACCAUGGUUUGACCGCGAGGCCAACGAUGCUGUGCUGUUUGGCUUUCUGACGGCAUGGCUUCUAGGAGAGUAUGCAGCCCAGUCUGAGGAGCCUCCACACAUUGUGGCCCAUUUCCAUGAGUGGUUGGCCGGCCUCGGCCUGGUGCUGUGUAGACACAGACAGCUACCUGUUGCGACUAUCUUCACCACUCACGCUACACUGCUGGGGCGAUAUCUUUGUGCCGGAAGUGUGGACUUCUAUAACAACCUUGCAGAGUUCAAUGUGGAUAAAGAAGCAGGCGACAGACAGAUCUACCAUCGCUACUGUUUGGAGCGGGCAGCUGCUCACUGUGCCCAUGUCUUCACCACUGUGUCACAAAUUACAGCCAUUGAGGCAGAGCACCUGCUCAAGAGGAAACCAGACAUUAUCACUCCCAACGGGCUCAAUGUGAAGAAGUUCUCAGCUGUGCAUGAGUUUCAGAACCUCCACGCUCAGAGCAAGAGUCGGAUUCAGGAGUUCAUCAGGGGACACUUCUAUGGGAACCUUGACUUCAACCUGGACAAGUGUUUGUUCCUCUUCAUAGCUGGAAGGUAUGAGUUCUCCAACAAAGGAGCAGACAUCUUCUUGGAGGCAUUAGCCAGACUGAACUAUCUGCUGAGAGUCAACCACAGUGACGUGACUGUCAUUGCAUUCUUCAUCAUGCCGGCUCGGACAAACAACUUUAAUGUGGAGACCUUGAAGGGCCAGGCAGUCAGGAAACAGCUGUGGGAUACCGCUCACACUGUGAAGGAACGCUUUGGAAAGAAACUUUAUGAUUCACUUUUAGUUGGGCAGCUGCCAGAUGUGUCAAAGAUUCUGGACAAAGAGGAUUUCACCAUAAUGAAGCGCGCCAUCUUUGCGACUCAGAGACAAUGCCAGCCUCCAAUCUGCACCCAUAACAUGCUGGAGGACAGUAGCGACCCUAUCCUUAACUGUGUCCGCCGUAUUGGCCUUUUCAACAGCUCUGCUGACCGUGUCAAGAUAAUCUUCCAUCCAGAGUUCCUUUCGUCCACCUCUCCUCUACUUCCUAUGGAUUAUGAGGACUUUGUAAGAGGCUGCCACCUCGGCGUCUUCCCCUCUUACUAUGAGCCUUGGGGGUACACACCAGCUGAAUGCACAGUCAUGGGAAUCCCAUCAGUCUCAACCAAUCUGUCGGGCUUCGGCUGUUUUAUGGAGGAACACAUAGCAGACCCCUCCGCAUAUGGUAUUUACAUCCUGGAUCGACGCUUUCGGGGGGUUGACGAGUCAUGUAACCAGCUCACUUCCUUCCUGUUCCAGUUCUGCAAGCAGAGCCGGCGCCAGAGGAUCAUCCAGAGGAACCGCACUGAGCGCCUGAGUGAUCUCUUGGACUGGAGAUACCUUGGCAGGUAUUACAUAGCUGCCCGUCAUAUGGCUCUGGCUAAAGCCUUUCCUGACACCUACAUAUAUGACCAACAUGAACCCACCCCAACCUCAGGCUUCCGUUACCCCCGACCAGCUUCCGUGCCGCCAUCUCCGGCUCUGUCCCGCCACUCCUCCCCCCACCACAGCGAGGCUGAGGACAAUGAUGAAGAUGAGCGCUAUGAUGAGGAUCUAGAGGCAGAAAAAGAUCGGGUGAACAUCCGCCAGCCUUACACGGCGCCUUUCAAAAACAAGUCUCCUGGGAACAGCAACGGUAUCGCAAGCGAGAAAAACUGAGCCACAUAUGUACAGUACAUGCUAAACCUCACUAGUGAAACUACUCCCUCUGUGGAAGUUGUUACAGACAUCCAUGUACUCACACUUUGUAAAUGAAUGCAGGUGUGUGAAUGCAAGUGAUAAAUUUAACAUUAGGUUGUUGUGAAAAUUGCAAUGCUGUUAGUGUCUUCCCAACCUGUUCAUACCUCAGAAUUUUUAAAAAUAUGUCGGUUUGAUAUGUUUUGUUAAUCUUUCAGUUACACCAGCAGUGCAGACAGUGGUUUGCUUUGUGGAGUAAAUGCAGCAGGUAGAAAGGGAUGAACAACAGCUCAACAUGAACAGAAAAACAAUCAGUAUUGCUGGACUUUGUAGGUACUAACACUGGAUGAUAUAGACCUAAAGCAUUAAAAAAAAGGAAUAUUAUGACUCACUGAAUGUUUUUAUACUUGAGUCAGCAGUGGGUUAGAGCAGUGAAAACAACAUAACCCUCCUUUUUACCAACUUGUCAUUAAAAGCAGGAUCAGCUAUUCUCCAGCCAAAAAAGCCCCAUGUCAAAGCAUAAAGAGUUCCUGUUCUUUUGACCUGCGUGAUAAUGAUGCGGUGCUUUAAACUCAGCUGUCCACCUACUGUAAUUGUAACAUUUUUUUGUCUUUCUUUCAAAUGCCUUGUUAGCUACAAAACCUUCCAGAGGGGGAAAUAAAAUGUAGAACGCACAUAUACUGUACAACAACACUUAGCUGGAUUAGUGUCAGGUGUGUGUUUUCAUUUAGUUCCUGGCUUAUCAGUUUCGAUCAUCAACCUCACACUUCCUGUUCAUGUGGCUGUGUGUGUGUGUGUGUGCGCUUGUGUGUUAUUGCCGGGUUUGCCUGUUUUGGCUAGUAUUUGAUGGUGAAAGGAAAAAAGGGGCUGUCCUAUGGUAAGAUGGCAACCAUGCUUUCAAGUGAAAGAUGAGAACUAGCUGGAAAAGGAGCCGUUGGCUGUUUGUUAUGGAAUAAAGAAAAUGGCUUUAACAGGCAUACUCGCACUCCCUGUAAGGUUUGUUACAAUCUUGCACCAGAUGGUUAUAAUAAAGUUUAAAUAUA